ACAAAAAACAUCUAGAGAGAUUGGAUUUGGACUCAUCUUCUCUCUCCUCUCUCUCUCUCUCUCCACUCAGCAAUAAUAAUUCACAGAAAAAUAUUGAACCUAUACCAUCAUCAUUCAUCAUCAUCACCCGCAUCAUCAUCAGAAUUCCAAGGUGGGUUUACUUCAUUUUCUGCUAUAUGAUUAAAUUUCACUGCUGAGUGACACCAGUAAAAGAUGCAAGCUUUGUGUUCAUGGUUUCAUGUUUUGCUGGAGCGACAAGGGAAUUGAGGAUAUGAUGGUGUAUGUGGAGUAGAGCCAGCGUUGAUGCCGAGUUCGAUUCACAACAAUUACCUAGUUCCAAUGCAUACUUUACCGAAGGAAGCAUGAUCGAUUCUUUUCGUGUGUCUGACUUUGAUCAAUCAGUUGGAUAUCGCAUUGAGGAUGCUGUUGACUUGAGUGGAAACUCAGCUUUUAACCCCUUAAAAGUAAGUAACCAGACAAUUUCUCGUGUUCACAUCGGUACUUUUGAUAAGUUGCCAAUUUCACUUGAUAAAAGCCCAUUGACAAACCAAACAGAGCAAGAGGGCUUGCAAUUGCAAAAGAUUCAAUCAUCCAAUCUGGUCACAUUAUUAAGUGGUAAUACAGAAAAUCAGGAAGAGUCUGCCAUGGCUGAUGCCAGCCCUAGAACUGAUAUUUCAACAGAUGGUGACACUGAUGAUAAGAAUCAGCGGUUUGAUAGAAGUUCCCUUGCUGUUGGAGCUUCUGACUCCAGUGACAGAUCAAAGGAUAAAACAGAUCAGAAGAGUCUUCGUAGGCUUGCUCAGAAUCGUGAGGCUGCAAGAAAAAGCCGGUUGAGAAAGAAAGCUUAUGUCCAACAGUUGGAAAGUAGUCGUUUGAAGUUGACUCAACUGGAGCAAGAGCUUCAGAAAGCUAGGCAGCAGGGAAUCUUUAUAUCAAACUCAGGUGAUCAGGCACAUUCAAACAGUGGAAAUGGGGCCAUGGCAUUUGAUGUUGAAUACGCAAGGUGGCUGGAAGAGCAGAAUCGGCUAAUUAACGAGCUAAGAGCAGCUGUAAAUUCUCAUGCGAGUGACACAGAACUUCGCAUGAUUCUUGAUGGUAUAAUGGCACAUUAUGAUGAGAUAUUUAAGAUGAAGAUCGUUGCAGCUAAGGCUGAUGUCUUCCAUCUGUUGUCUGGCAUGUGGAAAACACCAGCUGAAAGGUGUUUUCUAUGGCUUGGUGGCUUUCGAUCAUCCGAACUCCUUAAGCUUCUGGUAAAUCAAUUGGAACCUCUCACAGAGCAGCAGCUAGUGGGUAUUACCAACUUGCAGCAAUCUUCCCAACAAGCAGAAGAUGCGCUGUCUCAAGGCAUGGAAGCAUUGCAACAGUCCCUUUCGGAGACAUUGUCCACCGGAUCACCUGGCUCCUCUGGUUCAUCAGGAAAUGUGGCAAAUUACAUGGGUCAAAUGGCUAUGGCAAUGGGUAAGCUAGGGACACUCGAGGGGUUUAUUCGGCAGGCUGACAAUUUGCGCCAGCAGACGCUGCAACAAAUUCACCGAAUAUUGACAACUCGCCAAUCGGCCCGCGCACUCCUUGCCAUCAAUGACUACUUUUCUAGGCUGCGUGCUCUUAGCUCCCUCUGGCUUGCCCGCCCAAGAGAUUGAUGAGUGAUAAAUAGCAUGUCAAGUUCAUUUUCAUGGAUCUGGCACCAGGAAUACUUUGUUAUCAUAGGUUUAAUUUUACUGUGUUGUACUUUUCAGGUUACUGAUAUCAGUGUUCAUCUAGUCACAUAAUCUAGAAACUGAAUUGUUGACAAGAGUAUUGUAUCUUGUUUAUUACCAAUAAUGUUGUCCAUUGUAAGAGUAGUUGAAGGGCUUUGUGUUUAUUUCAUUCAAAGUAGUUUGGAUGUGAUAAAUUUGAAUGUUUGGUUCA